AUGACGCUGUUUUCCCGAGCUCGGUACAAGUCAAGCCUUCGGUCCAGCAGACCACCUCUCCAAUUUUGCCCGUCCGCUUUGUCGCCCACGAUGCCGUCCACAUUCACGGUGCUAAGUGCCGGCCUGGUUGCAGCUUCAUCUGGUGCAUUUGCGCAGAAAGUGCCCGAAACGGCCCAGGUCAUUGAUCAGAAGUUGUUCAAUGUCUUAGACGUCGUCCCACCGCCCUCAGUGUUCAAUGGAUCCACGCUAUUCACCUGGCCCGGUGUCACUGCAGAAUCCUUGACGGCCAAACCGUUCCACAUCUACGAUGAGGAGUUUUAUGAUGUGAUUGGCUCAGAUCCAACUCUGACUCUAAUCGCAUCAUCGGAGUCUGAUCCCAUCUUCCAUGAGGCCGUGACCUGGCACCCUCCUCGCGACGAAGUAUUUUUCGUCCAGAACGCUGGUGCGCCUGCGGCAGGAACAGGUCUGAACAAAUCAUCCAUUGUCCAGAAAAUCUCGCUUGCGGAAGCAGAGGCUGUGCGCACUGGCAAGCUCGAUGCCGUGACUGUCACGGUGGUCAAUACCUCGAAUCCCCAAGUUAUCAACCCCAAUGGUGGAACCAACUACAAGGGUCAAAUCAUCUUCGCAGGAGAAGGCCAGGGCGCAGACAUCACAUCCGCGCUUUACCUCAUGAACCCCGAGCCGCCGUACAACACGACCACCCUUUUGAACAACUAUUUCGGUCGCCAAUUCAACUCGCUCAAUGACCUGGUCGUGCAUCCCAAGAAUGGCGAUGUCUACUUCACAGACACUCUCUACGGUUUCCUCCAGGACUUCCGUCCCCCGCCUGGCCUGCGAAACCAAGUCUACCGCCUCAACGUUGAGACUGGCGCGGUCACAGUUGUUGCAGAUGACUUCACCCUGCCCAACGGCAUCACCAUCAACCCCGAGGGUGAUCGGGCGUACGUGACUGAUACUGGCAUCGCGCUCGGCUACUACGGCCGCAACCUCUCCUCGCCUGCUUCCGUGUACUCGUUUGAUGUCAACGAGGAUGGUACCUGGGAGAACCGUAAGACCUUUGCUUACACCCCAGCCUUUGUCCCAGAUGGCGUCCACACCGACUCCGAAGGCCGCGUCUAUACCGGCUGCGGCGACGGCGUCCACGUCUUCAACACAUCCGGUAAGCUCAUUGGAAAAAUCUACACGGGCAUGUCAGCCGCGAACUUCCAAUUUGCAGGUAAAGGCCGGAUGAUCAUUACGGGGCAGACGAAGCUGUUUUAUGUUACGCUUGCUGCUGAGGGAGCGCCGCUUACUUGA